AUGUCUGCCUCUGAACCCCGUCCCCGUGUAGAGACCGGCCGCGAGCCAGACCUCCUCACAUAUAUCUGGAAUCUCCCCAACUUCCACGUGCUGCAAAACAAUCCCCAGAAAGUCCUAGACGCAAUAGACAAAUUCAACACCGAAGAAAAGCGGCUCAUAAACAUCGGUCCCAAAAAGGGCGUCCUAAUAGACACCUUAAUCUCAGAGAAGAAACCAUCCAUCAUGAUUGAACUCGGCGGAUACGUCGGAUACUCCGCUAUUCGAUUCGGAGAUGCACUGAAACGUGCCGGUGGAAAGAAAUACUACAGCUUCGAAAUUGACCCGAUCAACGCCUCUGUAGCUAAGUUGCUUAUUGAGCUCUCCGGGCUCCAAGACGUGGUAAGCGUUAUCGUGGCGCCUAGUCAUGAGUCGCUUGCGAAUGUAGUGAAGGAUUCAUUGAUUGAGUCUAUUGAAAUUUUGUUCGUGGAUCAUUGGAAGGAUCGGUAUAUUUAUGAUCUGUGGCUUGUUGAGAGACUUGGUCUGCUGAAGAAGGGGGAGUCUGUUAUUGUGGCUGAUAAUAUCUCGCCUGAGGCGGAGAGGGGAACUGAGUAUGUCGACUGGUUGAAUGCUAGUCAGAGUGAGAAGGAGGGUAUCUUGAGGAAGUAUUCGUUUGGUGCUGAUUUUGAGAAUGUUGAUUUGGUUAAGACUAUUAAGGAGAAGGGGGUUAGGGAUUCUGGUAUUGAUUUGGGUAAUGUGCCCGGUGUUCCGAGUUAUGUUUAUGAGACGAAGCUGCAUGAGUUCCGGGGAAAUAGUGGGAGAACGGAUGGAGUGGCAAUCACGAAUGUGCUUUGA